CAGCAUCCCUUUAAUUGACGGAAGUGCAGAGGGCUUAUGAUUGGACAUGGUUCGACACUUUGACAGUGUUUGAUGUCAAUUGAUGUUUGUUUGACAAGGUGCAGCAAGAAUUUUAUCGUCUCGUCUGUCGUUCAGCUGCAUCGAUAUGCUGGCAUCUCUACGCCGAGCUUGCGGGCUCUUCGCUCCAAGAAAUAUUAGAGGAGUGCAAACAACAGCAAAUCGCACGUCGGAUCAGCUGUUUGUUCAUAGAGACAGUGAGCAAGACAAUCCUAAUAUACCGUUCGAGUUCAAUGAGGCAAAUAAGAAGCGGAUCGACGCACUUCUUGCGAUCUAUCCUGAAGGCCACAAGCGCGGUGCCAUGAUACCUCUGUUGGACUUGGCGCAACGGCAACACGGCUGGCUACCCAUCUCUGCCAUGCAUAAAGUCGCUGAGAUAUUGGACGUGCCGCGUAUGAGAGUGUAUGAAGUAGCCACGUUCUACACGAUGUUCAAUCGUAAGCCCAUGGGGAAAUAUCACGUACAGAUUUGCACUUGCACUCCGUGCUGGCUGAGAGACUCUGAUUCGAUAGUUAACGCCGUGACGAAGGCUACGAAUUGCGAGCUUGGUGGCACCUCCACAGAUAAGUUGUUCACCGUUUCCGAAGUGGAAUGUCUUGGCGCUUGCGCUAAUGCCCCGAUGUUCCAAGUAAACGAUGAUUAUUAUGAGGAUUUGACUCCAGAGACUGCGACAACUAUAAUAAAUGCUUUCAAGAAGGGUGAAAGGCCACCACCAGGCCCACAGAAUUCUUCAAGAUUUGCGGCUGACCCUGCUGGUGGACUUACAUCGUUAACGACUCCGCCACCGGGUCCUGGAUUUGGAAUUAGAUCGGAUUUGUAAAAUAUUAUGUUUUUGAUAAGGUUAUAGU